ACACACACACACACACACACUAAUACACUUCCGGCAAUUGAGCAACUUAAGAAGAGACUUCUGAGAGGAAGGUGGUGUGUUUAAGAUUUAAAACAAGAAAAUAAGUCGAGCGAGAUGAAGAUGAAAAGUUUGCUGCUGGUUUUCGGCUUCCUGCUGAUGGUAAAAUUUACUGUUGGGAAGGAGGAGAUCACCGUGGAUGAUAGUUCAGAUAAACUCAAGUUCACCUGCGAUAAAGGAAUAUGGGAAAUUAAUAACGAGAAAACAAUGGAAUUAGAUUCUAAGGACAGAAGCGCUGACAUUUACACGUGUGUGGAAGGUGAAAAAAAACAACAACUUUUAGUGAGAAUCAGAACCUGUGAGAACUGUAUCGAGCUGGACGCUCUCACCCUCAGUGCCAUCGUCAUUGGAAAUAUUGUGGCCACCGUUUUCAUCGGCGUAGCGAUUUACAGCAUCUCCUCCCAACCCAAAGCCAAAAUCUUCCCGGGAAACAAAGCAUCAGACCGAGUAAAUCUGAUCUCUAAUGGAGAGGGAGACACUUACCAGCAACUGAAAGGAGGAGACAGGGACACGUACAGCAGGCUGGGAAAAGCCCGAAAGCAAUAAUCAUCAUCAUCAUCAUCAUCAACAUCAUCAUCGUCAUCAUCAUCAUCAUCAUCAUCAUCGUUCACACGUUUAUACAAAAUCAGCUUUUAAUUUUAAGUCGGAAUUUUAAGUCACUGUUUAAAAUCCAGUUGUUACUCAUGUUUAUACUGAUUUAUUACAUUUCUACGCUUUUUAAUUCUGUUUUGUUUUUUGAUGUCAUAGUUUGAAGACUAUUGGUCAGAUUUCCUACAAAUUAAUUUUUAUUAUUUUUUUUUUUUGCUGUU